GAGAAUCCUUAGGAAGCAUACCGGCUUCUCUUUAAUUAUGUGAUGUUAGUUAUAGGCCAAAGUGCCCGCCGUUUAGCCCUACAAAGCAGCGCCGCUCGACUUUAAAUCGUUUAAUUAAUUCCACUGCGGUUCCGACGUGCCGAAGCCGGUCUCCACGAAGCGUGCUCGUCGUUAGUGGCCGUUGGUGCGUCCCUCGCGCCCGCUCCGUUCUAGUGGGUGGGUCUCUCUUGACAGCCAUCUGCGAAGUUGGCAGAUAAACUUUCGGGCUGCCCGGGCGAAACCUGACCCGGCAGAUCUCUGGCUCUUCUGUCUUGUGUACCCAACGGGAUGGAAAUAAGGGAGGGGCCUGUCGGAGCGAUGCCGUGCGCUUUGCCCUCCAACUUCCCCUGCCCGGGAGGGACCCCCGACCAUGGCUGAGGGAAGCGGCCUCAUUUCGGUGGACUAUGAGGUCUUUGGGAAGGUGCAAGGGGUAUUUUUCCGGAAACAUACCCAGGCACAAGGAAAAAAGUUGGGUCUAGUUGGCUGGGUCCAAAAUACUAAUUAUGGCACCGUGCAAGGACAAAUCCAAGGCCCUCUUAUCAAAGUCCGACAACUUCAGGAAUGGCUUCAGAAAACUGGAAGUCCUAAAUCUCACAUCGACAGAGCUGAAUUCCACAAUGAAAAGAAAAUUGUUCAUUUAGAGCAUAGUGACUUUUGUAUAAUCAAAUAAGAGGCUUAGGAAUAGAAAACAUGGUUGGACCAUGGACUUGUCUAGAAGACAGUCAUUCAUUUAGUUUUUAUUUUCUUGUAAUUGGUUAAAUGCAUUCUUUCUGUUGUAAUUAUUUAUUAUAUAAAGCUUCUAUUAAAUAUUUUAAGAUAAACAUUUCCUGAAUUGAGUGAUGUCCCAAUAUUUUGACUGUUAAUACACACUUGCUGCAUCAUAUCCAGAGCUAUGUAUAAAACUGAAAUAUACAUAUUAAAAGAUUGCAAGUAUAUAGAA